AUGGCACGUAAGACUAGCUUGAUUGCUGAAGUUGAUGAUUCAAAAGAAACAUGGAAAUUGGGAGUAAGAAUAACUAAUCUUUGGGUUGUUGAGAAGUCAUCGAAAGUGAAUGCUAUGGAAAUGAUAUUUAUGGAUCAAAAGGGAGGAAAAAUUACAGCUGUAGUGAAAAAAUUCGAUAUUGACAAGUGGAAGUCAAUGCUUAAGGAGGACAACACUUAUAUUGUUCAAAACUUUGAGGUUAACCACAAUGAUGGUCAAUUUAGGACUUCAAAUCAUCCUUACAAAUUAGUUUUCAUGAAAGGGACAAUAGUGCAAGCGCGUCAAAUUCCUGAAAUACCUCAUAAUAUUUAUCACUUCACUCCCUUUGAUGACAUCUUAGCGGGAGGUGCAUCUACUGAAGUGUUAGUAGAUGUGAUCGGUGAAUUGUCAGAUGUCGUACAAAUUCAAAAAGAGAGUGUGCCAAAAAGGGUGGUAUUGGUCUUAAAGGAUGAAAGUUUUCUGGAAACACAUGUAGAAGGUCAUGUUGUCAUAUUGCUUUCUCUUGCAAAGAUAAAAGAGACAAAUGGGAAAUAUCCAACAACCAUCCAAAACUCAAUGUAUUGUUCGAAAUUGUUCAUUGAUGAACCUCUUGCGGAGAUUCAGGAGUAUAAAAAUAGGUUGGGCUCAAUAUGUGUCAAUGAAUCUUACAGUCAAAAAAUGUCUCAAUUCUCUUCAUGCUCUCAAUUUACAAGUGAAGAGAAAUUUGUGCAAAAUGAUAUUGUUAAAAGUUUGUCUCAGCUUAAUGAGGUUCAGAAGGAAUGCUAUGUAGUAACUGUUGCCAAAAUAGAUAAAAUGUGUGUUGGAAAUGGUUGGAGCUAUGAAGCAUGCUUUAAGUGCAAUAGGAAGGCAGAUUGUUCAAGUCUACCAUUCACUUGUCCAAAAUGUGGGAAAAAAAACACUGAAACAGUUCCAAGAUUUAGGGUUGAAGUUAUGGUAUCCUAUAACAAUAAUAGUUCAAAAUUUGUGCUGUGGGAUCGAGAGUGUAUCCAAUUAGUGAAGCAAACUGCUAUUGAUCUUAAGAAGCAACUUCUUGAUGAAGGUGAAUUUGAUGCAAUGGUUGUUCCAGAACCAAUUGAUUGCAUUCUUGGAAAACUGUUUGCCUUUAAAGUUAAGGUUCAACCCGGCUACAAACAGUUUUCUGUCACAGGAGUUUCUGAUAAUGAAAAGACCAUUGAAAGCAUAAGGGACAAAUUGCAAGUUGAUGAGGAUUCCCUAAUGAGCAAGAAAGGGAAAUCAAUUAGCUCCUUCCUCAAAGAAGAUGAUGCAUAUGAGAUUCAAUCAUUGUCUGCAACAGCUGAUUCUGAUACUACAUCAAUAGGACAUUGUACUCCUGCUAAGAGAUUGUCAAAGGAUACACUAGAUGAUGAUUUUGCAUGCCAAGAUUUGCCUUCUGUUCAACUCUCUUCUUCAAAAGUCACAAAGCACAUCAAAACUGAAUGAUAUGCUUCAUUUAUUAUUAUUAAGAUGAAGCUUAUGAGUGAAACUUCUUUUUGCAUCUUUUGGCUAGAAUAGAAACUAACCAUAGUUGUUAGAAACAGUUGAAUCAGUAACUGUGGCUUUUUUGUAAUUAGAUGCUAUAUAAUCUUUUUGUAAUUAGAUGCUAUCUAAACUGUUUAGCCAGUAUUGACUUCACUAUGUGGAA